AUGAUGCCGAGGAGGGAUAGGCGGUCAGGAGUGAGAUUCAUCGAGGAUGGUAGGGACCGGAGCCUCACAUUCUUCAAGAGGCGCUCUGGGCUGUUCAAGGCGGCAUCUGAUCUCUCCACCCUCACCGGCGCAGGGGUUGCGAUGGUGUUGGAGUCCGAACAUGGGAAGUUUUCUUCCUUCGGCACCCCAGAGGCUAGCCCCAUACUUGAUGCUUUCCUUUUAGGGAGUGCACCAACGGAUCUUGAUACCAGUGAAGCAGAGAAGGCUUCAAUUACCAACUUGCAGAAUGAGGUGUUCCAGCUGGAGAAAGACAAGACCAUGGAGGAUAAGAGGAAGAAGGAGAGCAUGGCGCGGACCAACGAGAAGAUCCAGGAGGCCUCAAAGAUGGCCAAGUAUGUUUAUGGUAACAUAGAGGAUCUUGAUGCCACUGAGCUCUUUGACAUGUAUCGCGAGCUCUCACGAGUAAAGCAAGAGAUCAAUGAUCGCUUGCCUACCUUGCUCCACGAGAACAAAGUAGAAGCCGGUGGUCGUCUUAGAGAUCCAUCACUGCUGCAGCCCACUUGGUGGCGUUCCAUGCCUCCUCCACAAGUUGCGACACCACCAAAGUAUCCAUGGACUCCCUUCCAAGCUUGCUUCCAGCAACAUCCAUGGUCGUCCUCAUCUGCAUCAGUGCUAGCAAGGUCAGGCUCCUCGCUUCCAAACUCGGUGAUCCUUCCAUCACCGCAGGUGCCACAAAAUCCGCUGCAACAUUACUACCCUCUGGCACCACAUACUCCUUCCACUUCCAGUGUGCAAUUCCAAGCACCCAAGACGCCACCAGCACCUAUGGAAGCAGCCCACAACCCUUACAGCUAUCACAUCCGUAGGAUAGACAUCAAUGGUAACAGCUCACACCCAUUCUCAUUAUCACCUAUACUGUCUUCAUCGACGACACCCCAGCCAUCAUCGUUGCAAACAACUCCACCAUCAGAUGAUUCAUCACCUCUAUCGUUGUCACCGCAAAUUUCAUCCCCGCUGCAUCUAGGGUCGUCGUCCCAACAGCUUCCUUUCAGUGUACAGAAUUACAACACUGUGCAGCCACCUCAACACUAUGCAAAUGUUGGCUCAACUUCAAUCCAUACUCAUCAACUGUUCUAUAGCAACUUAUCAUCACCUGAACUAAAUGUUGAGUUGGGAAACAUCGAUAAGAGUGGAGGCACCCAGGUUGGCGGUGGACACAAUGAGAGAUUUGGUUUGUCUAGCCCUCAACAAAGUGACGUCGGCUUUGAUGGGGUGAUGCCGAAGUCCUUUUCUGCUGGAGAAAGCUCUGGUGGUGGUCAUGCAGGAGGCAAUCUUGGUGGCCUCAAGUUCCCUUGGUACUAG